CGCGCACUGGCGAUAAUUCAGUCUAGAAUCUAGCCACCUUGAGCCAGUCGUCUUGGCGUGACCCAAUAUAUAGCCUAUGUUUAGUUCAGAACCGCUGAUUUGCAACAGUUUUUAAGUUGUGAUAGUUUUUUUACGGAUAUUCAUUCGUGAAAAUGCUGUAAUGUUUUUGGAAAAACAAAGGCAAAAUCCUCCGUGAGACGUAGCUUACAUCACAUCAUGUAGCCUACGAAUUAUUUGGAAAGCUCGGUCGACAGAGGAACGAACCAUCGAGGAUGUAAACAAUACCAUGCCCUGUCUCUCACGCUUUUUGGCGUGUUUCUUACGUUUGACGAACGUUGUCUUACUUGAGCUACUCGAAUUCUUGAUUUAACAACAAGGAGUCCGGGAGACGACACCAGCGCGAAGAAUUAUAGAAUUAAAACAACUUAAUAUUUCCCCGCUGUAAUGGGCGGCAAUUGCUAUAUAGAUCCAAGAACGUGUCCAAUAGAAAUGUGUGCUUAAGGACUUUGCUGAGGAAACGAGUGCACACUCGUAUGUGGCCGGCUAUGCGACUUGCAGCAUCAUUGGAGCUCUUCUCGACCUGACGGGAUUUUUCUUGGACUACAAGGUGUUAGUUCAGCAUGAAUUGGGGCUUAGGCUAGUAAUUAUUAAAAUGACCGAUUAUGUGACUGGACUACAAGGCUGAGUGUCGCCAUCAAUGUCAUUAUCAGAUAUUUAACAUAGGCUACUGCAAAUAUUAUUGGAUUCAUGUGAGACAACAAAUUGCACAACAAAAGUUAUGGUCAUUGAUGGAGAGCUUUUUUUUGGUUAGACUUUCAAUUUCGAGGGGCCAACACCACAGGGUCGUCCCCAACUAUCCCAUUACAAGACUAACUUCAAAUAGGAAUCUUUGUUGAUGCUGUAAUUCCAAAAGUGGAGUUAUGUCUCGCAGGCCAGACUAGUGGAAGUCUUGUACUCUUCACCUGGCAUCAGGACGCCAGCUAGUUCUGAACUUAUCUUGAACCAGUACUAAACCAGUAUUCAAAUAUGGUUAGCACAACAUAGAAGGUUCAAACUCAUUUUCCCCCUUCAUCAAGUCUUAACUGCAGUUCACAUUGAAACCAUCAAGAAGAUGGGUGCCAGACAGACGAAAGGAGCAGGCCCAGAUGCUGGACCUAGCCCACAACAUGGCUGGAAACGGACACCAAGCAAAGAAAGAGGUGACAUCUUUGCGUCAUUCAUGUUGAGGUCAGGUGAUCGCCUGGGCCGUGGCGGGACGGCACCCCCCUACCAGCGGCGUAUUUGCAUGAUCCAGGACAUGCUGCUACUCGCCAGACAGGGCCGACAGGAUGAGGCCACAGAGAUGCUGAAGACACUCCGACAGGACUUGGGGAUGGAGUCCACAUCGCUGGAUGAUGUGCUGUACCGCUACGCCAGCUUCAGGAAUCUGGUGGACCCCAUCACUCACGACCUCAUCAUCAGCCUGGCCAGAUAUGUCCACUGCCCUAAGACGGAGGGGGAUUCUCUGGGCGCCAUGGAGAAGGUGUGUCGCCAACUGACCUAUCACCUUAGUCCUCACUCUCAGUGGAGACGCCGGGGCCUUCUAAAGAGGAAGCCUCAAGCAUGUCUUAAGGUGGUGCUGUCCACUCCUCCCCCCAGCGGAGCGCUGGACCUAUCAGGGAUUCCCCUUGUAGUGAGGGACAUGGAGCGGCUGUGCUGCCACCUGCAGCGUCAUGCAGCCACCCUGUGCAGCCUGGAGCUGGGCUUCACCGAGCUCACAGACGAGGCCUUCCUCCUGCUGCUGCCCACCCUGGCAGCUCUGCCACAUCUGGAGACCCUGGCGCUGAACGGCAACCGUCUGACGCGUGCUGUGCUCAAGGAGCUGACGGACAGCCUGAAGGACCCGGACAGCUUCCCUGGUGUGACCUGGAUCGACCUGGGCAACAACGUGGACAUCUUCUCGCUGCCUCAGCCCUUCCUGCUCAGCCUGAGAAAGCGCUGUCCCAAGCAGGGGAACCUGCCUACCAUCCUAGAGUUUGGAGAGAGCCAGGUCAGCGAGCCGGAAUGUAGAGGUGACGAUGAUGACGCUAACAGGACAGAGAGCAUGGGGGAGCUGCGCUCUGAAGUGGAAGGGGAGAUGGACGGAGAGACGGAGAUAGAGGAGAUGAUGGAGGAGCUGCUUGACUUUGAUAGAGAGGUGCAGGGAAAGGAGGAUGAGCUGGAGGACAGCAUGUGGACCAUGGAGGAGAAGGGGAAGGAGAGGAAGAGGGAGGAGUCACAGGGGAGGGUGGUAAGGGCUGAGAGGGAGGAGGACGAUACACACAGCAAUUCCUCCAAUCCGUCUUGCUCCAGCCCAUCUCUGAACUCCUCAGGAGCCAUUGAGCCAAUGAGAGAGGAGGGUGGUGAUUAUGUGACUGACAAAUCGGAUCAUCUGACUUGAUGGAAGCCUGUUUUCUCUCUGCCUGUAUUUCCCUUCCAUGGCAAAGUAUUGUCCAGAGGGAAAGAAGAGUAUAAGAGGAGCAAAAAAAACAAAGGGUGUAUGGAAAAGGAGAGAAGCAAAUGUAGAGAUUGUGUAGAGAAAGAAAAGAAGAAGAAAGAGAGGAGAGAUUGCUAGUCACUUCAGACACGUUUAAGAUAACCUCUGUUGAGAUUAGUUUGCUAGACAGGAGUGCAUCGUUAUGAGAGAAGGUAAUAUUUGAAUCAUGUUUUUGCUCAUCUUAUUUUUCCUUUGGAGCACAGCAUAGUACAGAUGUGUUUUCCGUCUUCCAGCAUAGGAAACAUUUGUAUUAUAGUUUAAGAACUGCUACAUGAACACAUGUAGGCUAUUUGUUAUUCAUGUCAACUCUGACACAAAUUAGGGGGUUCAGAUUGUCCCUGCUGAGCCUGUCCUGCGAUUGUAAAUAUGCCUAUAUGUGCCUGGCACUUCCAGUCUGUUUGUGUCAGACAGACUGGAAUACAGACAGACAGUGUAGAAUGGGUUGAGUGAGACAGGCCUGUUCUCUUCUGUCUCUGUUUACAGUUCCGUUCUCUGAUGCUUAUUGUAUGCUCCAGAAUGAGUAGUCACUCAUGUUAUGAGUGAGUUAUUGGACUGAGAUGCACUUUGGUGGUCAAAGUGUUUUGGACCUAAUAUCAGUGAAGUAUGCAAUGGAGGAAUAAUGGUGAAAAAAAACGUAAGGGCCAACAGGGAAUGGUAACUAAAUUAGGAUUAGGGAUCCAAAGAUCCAGCCACAUUGUCAUCUAACCUUUCCUCUUAAAUAUAGCUUUUAAAUGCUUACAGUGCUGUAUUUAUUCACUUGGCUAGAACAUUAUUAUCAUGCAUGUAAACCAGUCUGCAUACAUUAGCAUUACGCAUGUAAACACGUCUGCAUACUUAACUAUAGCCUACAGGUCUGUCCAGAAGUAGAACAUCCCUUAGGCAACACUGUAGCCUGUGUAGCUGUCCACUAGCUAGUGUUUUUCACCACUUGUGGGUCAGUCAACAUAAAUACGUCAUUAUGCUAAUGUUCUUGAUAUGAUGUCAAUUUGACCCUUUAAACUCAAUGGCUCCUGAAUAUUCAUGGUGAUCAUGGUUGCCAGCCAUGCAGGGAAAUAUUCUACAUUGGUGCAGUUAGCCAACAUUCAAUGCAUUCAAAGCAGAAUGAAACAAUAACCUUAUAUAGAGGCUCUAGAGCAAUGUCACUCCCAUAAGGCAGGCUACGUGAGGCACCCCUAUACACUUUCUUAUUUUUAUUUUUUAAGUUCCCUCGAUUCUCAGGUCUUUGAAGACAAACUCUCUUCAGAGAUAGUCCUAUUGAACGGUUGUGUAUGUUUUCUGUAACUUCUAUGGUCUACUCUUGGUCUAGUGUACAUACACAAUUGUUCUGUUUUCCUGUUAGUGGUAGUGAGUAAACUAUGUCCUGGAUCAGCAGCUUCACAGCCCAUGGGCUUCCCUCACUUCCAGGAUCGUCUACAAAUCUUUAAGCAAUUUGUCUCGCUUACACCCUUUGUCUGUGUUUACUCUUAAUGCAGACAUAGUGUUCAAGGAAUACAUUUUAGAAUAAACCCUAUAUAAACAUGACGUUUCAAACCUGAUGACUUGAUGCCUUGCCAUGAUUAA